AUGACCUCGAUAUUUUACAUUGAAAGUAGCGAAGAUCGACUUCAACUACCUCCUUCGCAAUUACACAUCGCGACAGACGAAGCUCGAAAAUACUGGUAUGCGCUUGCGGACGAAGCUAUUGCUCAUCUUGGCAACGAUGGCCCUUUUGAAACAAUUUUACCACAAGAUAUCCUAGGCAAAGUUCCCGCCUUGCCAGCUAGCCAACUUGCGCUUUAUGAAGUGUUGAUCUCAGACUCCAGCACAAAAGCGAUCUUGACAGCGGCAUCAUCCACAAUGCGUCCCACCGAGACGGAGAGAUGCAAUGCCCACGACACAACGAAAGAAGUCCAAGCAGCUCUCUUGAUGGGGAUUCAGUCUCCCAUCGCCUGUCACUUAACCGGCAAAUGUUUUGAACAAUUUCGAGUAAAUGGAAGGGAUAGCCGGAAGCCCCCGAAUCUCACUGGGAUCCUUUCGCUUGCCUGGGCUUAUAUCCUCUCUAGUCGCCUAGUUGAGUUGCAGCCACAGGACGGAGCAGAAGUAUCUUACACGAGCUCGACUGCGUGUUGGCAGCAUCAUGAUGUGACAGAUCGAAAGACAGAAGGCGCAACCUCUAUUGAAAUCGACAUUGGCAAGGUUGAUGAGAGCACUGCUCGAUGGUGGGCGGCUAUCUUAGCUCCCAAGCAAGGAUGGAGAGCAUCUAUAUUAAAAAAAGAGGGUGAAGUUUACUAUGCGCCUUGGUCACUUUCUCUAGACGAGUCCCCGGACUUUAGCGUUGUUUGGCAGGAUGUCGGCUCUCGCAACCUAGCCUCUGCUGUCUGCUACCCUCCUUCGUCGCCGGCUGCCUUGAGACUUCUCGCUCAAUUCUGUUCUUUGCAUGACUUGGGGAAGCAAUUCCUUGCAGCUCUUUCUGCAGCCCUGACAUUCCCCACGCAUAAACAACUUGAGGUAACCAUCGAAUUGCCAUUGCCAACGGUGACUCAAGGUCAGGUUGGUCAACCUUCGGAAAGGCAGUCGAUCAACGAAUAUCUCUCCGUGAGCAAUGACCUCCCUUUUUUCAUGGCCCUGAGUUGUAACCACAGCGUUGUGAUGUCAAGUCUUUGUGGUUCAUUCUGGGAGCCCGAUAUUCCAUGCAGCCUUGUUAGUGCAUGGUUGCAUCCCGUUUUGGAGGAAAUUCCAAAAGCCUCUCGAAUAUCCGAGAAACCGGGACGAUAUCAUGAGAUGAUUGCUCUUAUGUGUGGCAAGCGUCGUCCUCGACUUUCGGCCCUUUGGAUUGGAGCUGCUCUAAGCGGCCUUGUGCCGAGGAUACUCGACUCUGUUCUCCGCAAUCUUUCAUGGACCUUCCAGGCGUAG